UCAUUUCCCUUCCGCCCGGCCGCUGCUUCAACUUCAUUUUUCUCUCUUCUCGUUACUCUCCUCUCUCUGUCUCUCUCUCAGGACUUCUCUUGUAAGAAAAAACAUCUCUCACGCGUCACCCCCGCGGCGCACGAUAUCGUCGCCGUUUCUAUCUUACGCCCUUGCAGUGAGAUCUGCUUUAAUUGGAAUAAAGAAGAGGAAUAAAUUAGGGUUAGGGUUUUGUUGUAUUUUACUUUUGAUGCUUUGGCGGGGAUCUGAAUCGGAAUCCGCCUUGAUUAUUUCGGGUCGGACCGUGAAAUGGCCAAUCCUGGAGUAGGGUCUAAGUAUGUAUCUGUGAAUUUGAAUAAAUCUUAUGGCCAACAACACCAACAAAAUCACCAUAAUAAUCAGUAUAAUCAUGGGCAGGGUCGGGGGUGGCCUGGUGUGGCUGGAGGAGGAGGAGGAGGAAUGGUGGUGCUUUCGAGGCCACGCAGCUCUCAAAAAGCUGCUGGGCCGAAACUUUCUGUUCCGCCCCCCCUGAAUUUGCCAUCCUUGCGUAAGGAGCAUGAAAGGUUUGAUUCAUUGGGAUCCGGGGGUGGGCAUGGUAGUGGUGGUCCAGGAAAUGGGCUUCGUCCUAGUUCUUCUGGCAUGGGGUGGAGUAAGCCUGCUGCGAUUGUAGUUCAGGAAAAAGAAGGGCUUGAUGUUAGUGGUGAUAAUAAUGGAGCUGAGAGUGGAAAUAAUUAUGGUGGUGGUGAUCAGGGAGUGAGUAAUGUGGGUAAUGGGGUUAAUAAAUUAAGCACUGGUAGUAGCGGUGGUGUGUAUGUGCCGCCUUCAGUGAGGUCAGUGGAGCUGACUGUUGUUUCUGAUGGUCCAAGGGGUCAUUCAGUGGUGGAUAAAGCUACGGUUUGGAGGGGUGAGGAUUUUCCUUCAUUGCAGGCAACUUUGCCUUCUGUUUCUGGGCUGGAAAAGAAGCAGAAGGAUGGUUUGAAUCAGAAACAUAAGAAGGUCUUGAGUGAGGAGUUGGGUAAUGAGCAGAGGGAUGGAUUUGGUUUGAGCAGGGUUGUUGAUAUGCGUCCCCAAAUGCAGGCGAGGAAUAAUGUGGGUAAUGGAAUGGAUGAGGAUGGUGUUGACAACCAAGGGUUGGGUCAUUCUGUUACAUCUGAGAAAGAGCGGAAACAGCAAGAGUACUUUGCAGGUCCUUUGCCAUUAGUUCGGUUGAAUCCUAGGUCAGAUUGGGCUGAUGAUGAGCGGGACACAAGGCAUGGUUUGACUGACAGAGGGAGAGAUCAUGGUUUUCCAAGGGAUGAGGCCUACUGGGAUAGGGGUUUUGAUUUUCCAAGACCUAGUGUUUUACCGCAGAAACCAGCUCACAAUCUUUUUGACAGGCGAGGACAGCGUGACAAUGAAACUGGAAAGAUUUCUUCUAGUGAAGUCACUAAGGUAGACACUUAUUUAAGAGAUGUCAGAACACCUAGUAGAGAGGGAAGGGAAGGGAAAUCAUGGAGAGCUUCUUCGCCUCUUACAAAAGAUAAAUUCAUCACCCAAGAGGCUGGAAAUGAAAGAAAUGGUAUUGGUGUAAGACCACCUAGUUUUAACAGAGAAACAGUCAAAGAGAAUAGGUACAUCCCCUCGGCACUCCGGGUCAAUUCUCAGGAUGAUGUUGGGAGGAGGGAUGUGGGGUAUGGGCAAGGAGGGAAACAGCCUUGGAGUAAUACUAUGGAUUCUUUUGGCAAUCGAGGUCCUGACCGGAAUACUCGAGAACAUUAUGGCGAACAAUACAAUAGGCACAGGGGUGAUACUUACCAGAAUAACUCGGUUGCCAAAUCAUCAUUUUCUGUGGGUGGUAAAGGGCUUCCAGUCAAUGAUCCCAUAUGGAAUUUUGGUAGGGAGAAACGCCCAUUUUCAAAGAGUGAAAAACCUUAUGUAGAGGACCCUUUCAUGAAGGACUUUGGAACUUCUGGUUUUGAUGGACAGGAUCCCUUCUCUGGCACCCUUGUCGGUUUGGUUAAGAAGAAGAAGGAUGUGCUUAAGCAGACUGAUUUCCAUGAUCCUGUUCGGGAAUCUUUUGAGGCUGAACUUGAGAGAGUUCAAAAAAUGCAGGAACUGGAACGGCAGCUGGUACUUGAAAAGCAGGAAAGGGCUAUGGAGCUAGCUCGGAGAGAAGAAGAGGAGAGAAUGAGGCUAGCUAGGGAACAAGAAAAAAGGCAGAGAAGGUUGGAAGAAGAAGCUAAAGAAGCUGAAUGGAGAGCUGAACAAGAGCGUCUGGAAGCCAUUCGAAGGGCAGAAGAACAUAGGAUAGCUAGAGAGGAGGAGAAACAGAGAAUCUUUAUGGAGGAGGAGAGGAGGAAACAUAGUGCAAGGCAGAAGCUUUUAGAAUUGGAAGAAAAGAUUGCGAAGAGGCAAGCUGAAGCAACAAAGAGUGGUAAUGACAAUUCUUCUGGUGUUACAGAUGAGAUAAUGACAGGGAUGGUGACAGAAAAAGAUGUUUCCAGGGUGACAGAUGUUGCUGAUUGGGAAGAAAGUGAAAGGAUGGUGGAGAGCAUCACAGCUUCAAUUUCUUCUGAUUCCUCAGCAGUGAAUAGACCAUUUGAGAUAGAUUAUAGGCCGCACUUUUCUAGAGAUGGCUCUUCAGCUUUUCCAGACACAGGAAAACAUGUGAAUUCAUGGAAGAGAGAUGCAUUUGACAAUGUGAACAUUAGAGCAUUUGUUCCACAAGACCAGGAGAAUGGUCAACCCAGUCCCAGGCAAGAUGCAUCUGUUGGAGGGAGAGCAUUUUCUAGGAAAGAGUUCUAUGGAGGACCUGGAUUAAUACCCUCUAGGCCUUAUCUUAAAGGAGGGAUUCCUGAUCCUCAGGUUGAUGAUUUUAGUCAACAAUUUAGAAGUCAAAGGUGGAAUAUUUCUGGGGAUGGAGAUUAUUUUAGUAGAAACUCAGAGAUUGAAUCUGAGUUUCAAGAGAACUUUGCAGAGAGAUUUGCUGAUAGUGCAUGGGGGCAUGCUCAGACUAGGGGCAGUCCAGGUUCUCAAUACCAUGAUAGAAUGUAUCAAAAUCACGAGCCAGAUGGUCUCUAUUCAUUUGGGAGGUCACGGUAUCCCAUGCGGCAACCUCGUGUUUUACCCCCUCCAUCAAUAGCUUCAUUGCACAGAAACCCUUAUAGAGGUGAGAAUGAAUGCCCUGGUCCCUCAACCUUUCCAGAGAGCGAGAUGCAGUCCAAUCAUGGAGCUAGAAAUGAUUCUACCAUGCAGGCAAGGUAUGAUAGCAGUUAUCAAGAGAAUCUUGGACAAGCUGAAAUAAUUGCCCAGCAGGAGAAUUCUGAGACUGAGGUGCAGAAACUGAAUACGAACACAACAAGGUGUGACUCACAGUCUUCACUCUCUGUUUCAAGCCCCCCUGAUUCUCCAGUUCAUCUCUCUAAUGAUGAUUUGGAUGAAUCUGGAGAUUCUCCAGUGUUAUCAGCUGGUGAAGGAAAAGAUGUUGCCUUGUUGGGUCAAGAGAAUGAAUCUUUAGCCUUGCCUACUGAAGCCAAUAAAGAGAAUGUGAUGAGUGGCUCAAGUAUUGUCUCUAAUGGCGAGGAUGAGGAGUGGGCUGUCGAGAAUGAUGAACAGUUGCAGGAGCAAGAAGAAUAUGAUGAGGAUGAAGAUGGUUAUGAGGAAGAAGACGAAGUGCAUGAUGGAGAAGAUGAAAAUAUUAACCUGACUCAAGAUUUUGAAGACAUGCAUUUAGAUGAGAAAGAUGCUCCUGAUAUGAUGGAAAACUUGGUCUUAGGCUUCAAUGAGGGUGUUGAGGUUGGGAUGCCUAAUGAUGAUUUUGAAAGAAGUUCUACGAAUGAAGAAACCAAAUUUGUGACACCAAAACCUUCAGAAGAGCAGGGAUCUUUUGAUGCAAUGUGCAGUGAUGGGCAAACCCUUCAACAUGUGGAUGGUUCUACUCAAGUGAAUCUCGAUAAUUCUACUAGAAUCUUCCAGGAAACAGAGAAGGCAAUUCAAUCCAAAAAUGCUUCUCAAACUUCAUCAUUGCCCGAGCACAUGGAUCAUUCUGAUGCUUCAUCUAAUCAUGGCUUGUCAAUUCAGCCUCAAAUCCAAUUUUCAUCUGAUCAAACUGUCAUGUCUACCAUUCCUUCUGCUAAUAAUCAGCCAGAGGUACCUGUUAAGCUUCAGUUUGGGCUAUUUUCUGGUCCUUCUCUGAUACCUUCACCAGUUCCAGCCAUACAGAUUGGUUCUAUACAGAUGCCACUUCAUCUCCAUCCCCCAGUUGGAUCAUCCCUCACUCAUAUCCACCCAUCACAGCCUCCACUCUUUCAGUUUGGUCAGCUGAGGUAUACAUCUCCCAUUCCACAGGGGGUUAUACCUUUGAAUCCUCAAUCGAUGUCCUUGGUUCGACCUGAUAUUCCAAGUAAUUUUUCUUUCAAUCAUAGUGUUGGAGUUGCUGUACCUAUUAAACCUGGUCAAGACAUUGUGAAAGGCGAUGUUUCAUCAGUUUCAAUGGAUAACCAACAAGGCCUUCUUCCACGACACUUGGAUCUAUCUCAUCUGGCAGUGAAAGAGGGAAAUUCAUUGCCACUGAGAGAAAGAGCUGAUAGCACUAUAAAAAUACACAAGGGCAAAGGAGAUUGUUUGCACAGUGGCGAUAUCAAUUCGAGGCCUGAAUCAGGUUUUCAAGCAGAAAAUUCAUUUGUGAAGAAUUUCAAAACUGCACCCACUCGAGAAUUGGAACACCGGUCUCAAACUGAGGAAGUGUCAUCUCUAUCUGUUAUGAAAGAAAAAGGUUUAGGAGUUUCAAAGGGUCCAGGCCUAAUGUCAAGUGGGAGAGGUAGACGGUAUGCGUUCCCGGCGAAACAUUCUGGCCCAAGAUCAUCAUUUCAAGCUUCAGAUAUUUCUCGCUCAGAUUCUAGUGGAUUUCAGGGGAAACCUCGACGUUUGCGAACCGAAUUUCGAGUUCGUGAAAAUUCAGAUAAGAAGCAAUCUGCUGGAUCAGAGGUAGAUGAUAAGUCUAAUAUCAAUGGUGGACAUGCUGGUGCAAGAAGUGGGUCUAGGAGGGUGGUUGUUUCAAAUAGACAACCAAAACAGAUAUCUGAAUCAGAGGGAUCUAGUUCAAGGCCUGUAAGUUUGCAGGAAAUAGAUUCUCGAAGCAGGGCUGAGAAGGUAGCUGGAAAAGAAUCUGUGAGAAAGAUCCAGAACAUCUCUCACUCCAGAGAGGACCUAGAUGCUCCUUUGCAAAGUGGAAUCGUGCGUGUUUUUGAGCAACCUGGCAUAGAAGCCCCUAGCGAUGAUGAUGAUUUCAUUGAGGUGAGGUCAAAGAGGCAAAUGCUGAAUGAUCGUCGUGAACAGAGAGAGAAAGAGAUCAAGGCGAAGUCUCGGGUUUCAAAGAUGCCACGAAAACCUCGAUCAUAUUCGCAAAGUGCUUCUGUGUCUUCCAUCUCAAAUAAAAAUCAUGCACCAGUUGAUGGAGAGGCAGCAAACAACAUUCGUUCUGAUUUUGAGGCACCUGAGGGGCAUGGCUUGGCAAACAUUGAAGUAUCAGCUGGAUUCAAUACACCUAUAGUGUCUCAACCAUUGCCUCCAAUUGGAACUCCUGCUGUGAAAACUGAAACUCAGGCUAUCAAGUCCUUCCAUACAAGCUCCUUGACCGGUGUGUCAGGUAGUGGAAAGAACCAUGCUUCGGGCUUAAUUUUUGAUAGCAAGAAUAAUGUUCUAGAAACUGUCCAAACUUCUUUGGGCUCCUGGGGUAGUUCACGGAUUAACCAACAGGUUAUGGCACUUACACAGACUCAACUUGAUGAGGCUAUGAAGCCUGUGCAAUUUGAUUCACAUUCAUCUGUUGGUGAUCCAACUAACUCAGUUAGUGAACCCAGCUUGCCAUCAUCAUCCCUUUUGAGCAAGGACAAGUCAUUUUCUUCUGCUGGUAGCCCAAUCAAUUCAUUACUUGCUGGGGAGAAAAUUCAAUUUGGUGCUGUGACAUCUCCGAUUCUUCCUUCUAACAGACGGGCUGUUUCCCACGGGAUUGGCCCUCCAGGUCCAUGUCAAUCGGACAUUCAUAAUUCUCAUAAUCUCUCUGCAGCCAAAAAAGAUUGCUCUCUUUUCUUUGAAAAAGAGAAACACUCCAAUGAAUCUUGUGCUCAUUCGGAAGAUUGUGAAGCCGAAGCCGAAGCAGCUGCUUCAGCUGUUGCUGUUGCAGCUAUUAGUAGUGAUGAGAUUGGUGGUAAUUUACUGGGUGCAGGCCCCAUCUCUGGUUCAGACUCAAAAAUUUUUGGAGGUGCAGAUCUUGAUAGCAUAUCAGCGGGUGCUUCUGCUGAUCAACAAUUAGCAAGUCAAUCAAGAGUUGAAGAGUCUCUUAGUGUGGCUCUACCGGCUGACCUUUCAGUGGAGACUCCAGUUUCCUUAUGGCCACCUUCGCCAAUUCCACAGAAUUCUGGAAGCCAUAUGCUUUCGCAUGUCCCUGGAGCUCCACCUUCUCAUUUUCCAUUCUAUGAGAUGAAUCCCAUGUUGGGAGGACCAAUCUUUGCUUUUGGGCCACAUGAUGAAUCAACACCUACUCAGUCACAGUCCCAGAAAAGUAAUGCAUCAGUUACAGGUCCACUGGGUGCCUGGCAACAGCAUUCUGCUGUAGAUUCAUUCUAUGGUCCUCCAGCUGGUUUCACAGGCCCUUUCAUCAGCUCACCUGGGAGCAUCCCGGGGGUUCAAGGUCCACCUCACAUGGUUGUCUACAAUCACUUUGCACCAGUGGGACAGUUCGGACAAGUUGGCUUGAGUUAUAUGGGCACCACAUAUAUCCCAUCUGGAAAACAACCUGAUUGGAAGCAUAACCCUGCAUCUUCUGCCAUGAGUGUUGGUGAAGGGGACAUGAAUAACAUGAAUAUGGUGUCAUCACAGCGCAAUCCCACCAAUUUGCCUGCUAUCCAGCAUCUUGCCCCUGGUUCUCCGCUUUUGUCAAUGGCCUCGCCUGUGGCCAUGUUUGAUGUUUCUCCUUUUCAGUCUUCUGACAUUUCAGUCCAAGCUCGCUGGCCUCAUGUCUCUGCAUCCCCUCUUCAAUCACUUCCUGUGUCAAAGCCAUUGCAACAGGCAGAGGGUGUUCCUGCAUCAUCUCAUUUUAACCACAGCCUUCCUGUUGACCAACCAUUAGCUGCUAACAGGUUCUCUGGGUCUCGAACAACAACUCCUCCUGACAAUAGGCAGAACUUCCCUGCAGCAACUGAAGCCACUGUCAGCCAGUUACCUGAUGAACUUGGAUUGGUAGAGUCCAUUACCACCAGUGUGGGGACUUCAACUCAGAGCAUUGGUGCUAAGAGCACAUCUGCAAGCACCAUUCCAGAGGCUGGCAAGACAGAUGUUAUGCAGAAUGACAGGGCUAGCAGUGGUAGUGGCCAGAACUCAAGGUCUGCUUUGAAGACAAAGCCUUCGCACCAGAAGAAUACAUCUGCGCAGCAUUACAAUUACUCUGGGUAUAAUUAUCAGCGAGGAGGUGGAGGAUCUCAGAAGAGUAGUUCCGGGGCUGAAUGGUCUCAUCGUAGAAUGGCAUACCAAGGAAGGAAUCAAACUUUGGGUACAGAAAAGAACUACCCCCCUUCAAAAACGAAGCAGAUUUACGUAGCUAAACAGACUGCAACCGGGAGAUCAAUGUCAUGAGGAGCAUUGAAGCUAAUUUUCCUGGAUUUUACAAGCUGAAAGCUUCGGGAUAGAAGCAUCUCUCGAGAAUAAAAAUUUUGGUUUUUUUUUGGCAGAAUCUAUGGUAGGGGAUGACUGGGUUUUGGAUUUUACCAGUGUCCAUAAGAUGGGUUGACUAUAGCCUUGCCUUGUCUUUUGGAUUUUAGGAUGAGGUGGGAGGUCUAGUGUGUCAGUUGGCUUGGGGCUAUUUUUUCCAAGUGUUGUGUGUGUUAGUUGGGUUUGGUCCACCACUGUUUCAUUAACCUUGUUGUCUGGAUGUACAGACCCAAUUGUAAUAUCUUGGCAUUGAUGUAUCAAAACGUUUAUGAUCCUCCGGGUUUCCUGCUUCGAAAAUCUUUAUAAUUUUGAGAA